AUGAAUGAAGUAAUAGCCAAGACGAUUGAAAAGUUGGAAGAUGCAGGAACUUAUCUCAGGGACACAAACAUGUUUCAUCAGGUGGACAUUGGUGAUGAUGAAAGUGUUGUGGAUCGGGAGAAACGUUUGACGAGGGAGAAAAAAGCCCGAAUGGAACAGCGUCGCAGAGAAGCGAUUAGGAAAUUGGAAGAACAAGGGUUUCCCACAAGGAGACCACUAAUUCAACCGAACGAGGAUUAUACAGUUGAGUGCAACUCUACUACCCAUCAGUUCACAGUGCCCAAAAUCAAAAUGAUGGGACCGAAUCCAGAAAAACCGCAGAAUCAAUCUCCAUACACACUGAUUAAAGCUCAACAAUCAGAUGACUCGUCGUACAAAGGGACUCCACGACAGAAGCCGAUUUCCAGUGUACUCCCAUAUAUGGCAUAUCAAAAUGAUGAAUUGUUAUCAGAAGAAGACAAAUUAGCUAAAAAGUAUCUGUACACUUCCACCUAUCAAGAUUCCUACGGAAAAUCUGCUAACAACUGGGAAAAUAAAUGCCAGCGUAUAUAUCCGCUCAAAACGUUAGAACGCUUACCGGAUCCGUUACGAAAAAUUGGCGGGAGUUCAAGUCAUUAUCCGGCUACCGAUUCGUGGCAACCGACUGGAUUGAAUUCUGGCACAUUUGAUGCGGUUCUACCUCGAUACAGCUACAUCAAUGAGCCUCGUCCUUAUGAAAUUGGAUGCCACGGGACAGAGGAUCGUCGGGUAGAUGACGAUGACCCGUACAAACUGUAUCGACCAUUAACGAAAGUACGCUCUGUUGUGCCUAGUCGACCCUUCCUUAAUCCGCAACAAAACACUGUAGGUUACACUGGAUGUGUAGUUGAUCAUGUGAAGCAACCGGACAAUCCGCCAUGGCCACAAGAAACCACCGGUGGAUUUUUCUGA